AAUUCCAAAAUUCUCUCUCUCUCUCUCAUAAGGGAUCCAAUCAUGUCAAGUGGAAGCUGUCUUGAACAACACAAGUUCCAUUCCUCCCAUCAUCAACUUUAUCAUAAUCUUGCCAACAACAACAAGUCAAUUCGGGACAUUGAUAUUCCUCCUCGCAAGCUUCUUGGCCGCCGUGCCUCCGCCGCCUCGGCGGAGACGUUCUUGGACAACAUGUAUCAGCAACAGCAGAAUGAAUCUCCGAAGGUUCUACCGGAGGAUACCCUUUUCAAGAGAUUCCUGCCUUAUAACUCUGGUGUGGAUUCUGAUGAUGAAGAUAGCGAUCCCUACUCUGGUGAUCAUUUUCGUAUUUAUGAGUUCAAGGUUAGGAAGUGUACUCGUAGUCGCUCUCAUGACUGGACUGAUUGUCCCUUUGCUCACCCCGGCGAAAAGGCACGCCGGAGGUGUCCUCGUCGGUAUAAUUAUUUGGGUACUGUUUGUGCGGAUUUCCGGCGUGGGAGCUGUAGCCGUGGUGAUUUAUGUGAGUUUGCUCAUGGGGUUUUUGAGUGCUGGCUUCAUCCUUCUCGAUAUCGCACUGAAGCCUGCAAGGAUGGUAAGAAUUGCCAACGGAAAAUAUGCUUUUUCGCUCACACCCCGCGCCAGCUCCGAGUGCUCCCGCCUGCGGAGGCUGCAGUUUCCGGGAAGAAGUAUCCAUCGGAGACUUGUCAUUGCUGUGCCCACUGUCGGUGCCAUUCAGGUAUCCACCACACUAAUUCUCCUACCUCCACUCUAAACAUUGAUCAGCUGGACAAUCUGUCACCACCGGCUUCGCCGCCCUUCUCUCCGGCCAGAUCCGGAGCAGGGUUUUCCCCGAUUUCCCGAUUUGCCGACAGGAUGGCUAGAGCCGAGUCAUUCGGGAUGACCCAGUUUGGAAACAGCAGUUCUAUUCAGAAAGACUCCAUGUCUAUGAAUGAGAUAAUGAGUAAUCAAUCGGUGCUAAAUGACCUCAUGAGAUCUAUGGAGGCCAUGACGGUGGAAGAGAAUGAUCAAUUCCCUAAUGUGAAGUUCAACGGCGGCAGCGGUUGUGUUGAUGGUGGCGAUCAGUACCCAGAGUUUGAUCAUAAUCAUCUGUCGGAUUCAGGCCAUUCGGAUCUGAGUGGCAGCUUCUCGAUGUCCAGCAAUUCAAAGCAGAAUCUUUAUAAUGAGAACUUGAUAAGUGGUCCAGAUUUUGGAUGGGUGAAUGACCUUCUGACAUAGAUGAUCAAUGAUAUUCAUUCCGAUAAAGACGAUAUAUAUGAUGAUGAUGAUGAUGAUGAUGAUGACUGUAAAUGAUGAUGAGGAAUGGAAUUAAGAAGCGGAUUAUUUGAAGAAGUUAUUAUUGUUUUUAAUUAUGAAUAUGAAUAUUAUUAAGUAUGUGUAUUGCUGAUCUGGAUGUGAAAUUGUACCUGGUUUCAAGUGUGUAUGAAAAGGGAUGAUUAUGUGAUAUAAUAAUACCUUUCCAAGUUUAAUUCAGGUUUGAAGGUGGUUUUUUCCUUAAUUGGGAAAUUAAAAGAUUCUGUCUUUAAGUGGAAACACUUUCCAAUUA